CAGAGCCCGGUGAGGACACGUCGUGAGACCGGGGACACGUGAGACCGGGACAUGUCCACAGACAGCAUGCCUCUGCAGGAGCGGCCCUGCCUCAGCUCCGUGUUGUGUCAGAAGACGAUCAAGCGGCGCUCCAGAUGUGGCGCCGGCGAGGGCGUGGAGGCGGAGUGCACCCCCACUGAGCUCAUCCAGCUGUGCCCCCCCCGACACAAGCGUCUCUGCAGCAGAGACAAAGAGAACGAGUGUGGAGCCUUCGUCCUGGCUCGCAGGUCCAGGAGGAGGAAGGAGUCUUCAUCAGGGGUCUCAUGGGACCACCUCCCAGACGAGCUGCUCCUGAAGCUCCUCCUCUUCCUGCCUCUGCAGGAGCUGCUCCGCAUGUCCACCGUCUGCAAGCGCUGGCGCCGCCUAGUGUUUGACGAGUCCCUGUGGCACGGCGUGGACCUGGAGGGGCUGACCCUCGGGGGGGCGGCGGCGCUGCAGCAGGUCCUGCCCCUUGGCGUCCGGAGGCUCCGCUGCCCGCGCUCCUUCGUGGAGGAUCUGGUCCUCACGGCCUCCAGUCCUCUGCAGAUGGUUCAGUUGGACAUGUCCAGCUCCAUCAUCUCCACCUCGGCUCUGGAGAGCAUCGUGUGUCAGUGCAGGAAGUUGGAGCAUCUGAGUCUGGAGGGGCUGCGGCUCUCAGACGCCAUCAUCAACUCUCUGGCGAUGAACGUGAACCUGCGUCAGCUGAACCUCAGCGGCUGCUCCGGCUUCUCCGCCGCCGCGCUGGCCGCCAUGUUGACCUCCUGCUGCCGGAUGGAGCAGCUGAACGUGUCCUGGUGCGAGUUCACCAGCGACCACGUGAAGGGCGUGGUCAGGAACCUCGGCGCCGGCGUCACGCAGCUCAAUCUCAGCGGCUACAGAGAAAGUCUCUCGCUCGACGAUGUGAAGGAGCUGGUGGGGAGGUGUCCUCACAUCCAGACUCUAGAUCUAAGCGACAGCACGCUGCUGAUGGCCGACAGCUUCCCUGUGCUCGCUCAGCUCCAGCGGCUGACGCAUCUGUCCCUGAGUCGCUGCUACCACAUCCACCUCGCCGCGCUCACGGACCUGGGGAAGACCUUCCCGCUGCUCGUCCUCCUGGACGUCUUCGGCCUGGUCCUGGACGGACACCUGCCGUCUCUGAAGAAGGAGCUGCCGCGCGUCAGCAUCAACUCGCGGCCGUUCUCCAGCGUGGCGCGGCCCACGCCCAGCGGCCGGCCGCCCGGCGCCCCCGGCGAGCGCACCAUGUGGAGCAGCUCGUGUCGGCUGAGGUUCCUGCCGCAGUGACCACGUCCUCGGGUCAGUUUGACGCAGAACGUCCACACAGGAAGUCCAGUCUGUGACGGAGCAGUUUGCCCGACGUUAACGGGUCAAAGGUCACGGACCGAGGCGCUGAGUGCUGACCACGCCGGGAGGAACGCCUUCAUCCAGGACGUUGACCCCGUUAGUGUUUUAAUGAAUUAACAGAAUGUUUUGUGAAUGUUGGGACAGUUGAAGCCUCAGACGAGUUCAUGUGAUGACAUCACCAGCUGGUUUAUCAGAAUAGUUUUUUAAUGUGAAAUGAUGUUUGAUCUGUGGAUCUUCUUAAUGAUGCUGAACUGUUUGUGAUCAUUCGUGUACGUUUCUCCCUUCAGGGGAUUUUAGGAUCAUCUCAUUAUGUCACUGGAGAUUUGCUCAUUUCAUUCCAAACU